GGUUUUGGUUUUGGUUUCGGUGAAAUUUCAGGUUCCGAAGUAUUAACUAUUACACAUUACAAUGCAUUAAAAGUAAUUUAUUUUAAAAAUAGCAUAUAGCAAUGAUUUUAUGGAUGGUCUUAUCGCUAAAUAAUCAAUAUGGGUGAUCUUUCUGGCUCCGACGGUUCACGGAACAAAAUGGUAAUAGUAAAAUCAAACAAGAAGUGGAUAUUGAAAGUUAAAGACCCAUUAGAUACAGAAGGGUUUGAAAUUACAGUAAGGGAUGGAAGCUGUACAUCUGCAGAAGAAAAUAAACAAGAAAUAAAUAAUUGGGAUCAACAUUGGAAGAUUGGUGAGGACAGCGACCACUCCGCCUCUGAUGAGAAAAUGUUAUUAGUCGCGAGACCCAAACUUUUACGUAAAAAAAGGAAUUCGAAGUCUGACUCUGUAGAUUCCAACAUUGAUGGGUCUUUAACAAAACGUAAACAGCACAGGAAGCCAAAUCCAAAGUCUAAAAUAGAGACUCCAGAAGAAAGGGCCGAACGACUCGCUAAGAUGUCGGCUUACGCAGCACGACGAUUGGCAAAUGAAACCCCCGAGCAACGAUCUAUCAGAUUAAAACGCAUGUCAGAAUAUGCUGCCAAAAGACUAUCCCGAGAGACACCACAAGAGAGGUUCCAACGUCUCUCCCGUAUGUCUGCAUACGCCGCUCAAAGGUUGGCCAAUGAAACACCCGAGCAAAGAAAUAUGAGGCUGUCUAGGAUGUCAGCAUAUGCAGCAAAAAGGCAAGCUAUGCGGAAAACUGCAAAAAUCACAACAGACAACUUGAAUCCUGACCAAAGUUGAGACCUGGAAUUUCAAACAUACACAAUACAAAUCUCAUAAAAGGACUGACCUUUACUUUAUUGAGUUUAUUGCUGUAAGCUAAUAUAGGUUAAUUAUUUUCUAUUUUAGGAUUCUUCUUCUAUAGUUAAAAUCAAUUUGAUUAUAAACAUUUGGCAUAGUUGUAUAUAUUCCUUUUAUUUGGUAUCUAGACAUCAAAUAAUAUAGUCAUGUAAUUUAAUCACUAUUAUUAGUUAAGCAAGAUUUACUAUUUUUUUCA